AGAUUCACAUGUGUUAUAGAAAUAUUAGCUUAAGAAAAUGUCCAAUCCAAAAGGAUUAAUCUGUUAGUUCGGAAUUAAUAAAAUCAAAAUAAAAAAUGAAAAUAUACCAAAAUCAUACCACUGUUACCGAGAAAUUGCCGACUGCGGAAGGUUUCAUCCGGGCUUCUCUCUGAAAUGUCAUAUUUUAAAUUCUAGCUCCCGUUUUUCUUUUUUAGCGCAAACGUUUCUAGGCAAUUCGAAUACAUACAUUUCACACAGCACAAUUCUCAAGGAUGGGGGCGGUUUCCGCGAAAGAAGCUAAAACAAGGAGUGAUGCCUCCACCUCCAUCCCUACAAGUAGAGCAUUUGAUGCACCUUCAGAUACCACCAAGUCUAUGGAUCUGCAAGGCAUUAGUGCCAGGGUUGAUAGAGUAAACUUUGAUGGAAUAUGCAGGACAAAAGUAGAUAUAUUAAAACACAGUGUAAAGGAUUUGUUUACAGCAAGAAAUUUUGAAGAGGUGAUAAAAAAAGCCUAUGAAGCCAAAGCUCAAAUGCAGACAUUGGGAUUAUUUAGAUCCAUAGCGAUUUAUAUAGAUACAAGCUCCGGACCAAAGUCAACAAACAAUGGUUAUGAGGUUACCUUUCAAGUAUCUGAACUCAAAAGGUUUUCUGGUGGAGUCAGUUCACAGUUAUCUAAUAAUGAAGGUGUCCUUGUGAUUGGAGCGUUUCUUCCAAAUGUGAAAGGAAAUGGAGAAAUGAUCAAAGGCGAAUUCAGCUAUGGAUCAAAACGAACAAAUUCCUUAGGACUUACAUUUAGCAAGCCGUUUUUCCUAAGGGCGAAUCCAGUUGGGUCGUUUUCUUUGUUCAGCAAUGCUUCCGAAUGGCCAAUAUCUGGUUAUAAAGUCAAAGACACCGGUUGUUUAUUCGACCUGGCCUUAUCUCCAAACAGCCGAUUGAAGCACAAUCUGCAAUAUGAACUCGAUUGGAGGCAAAUGACAAGUGAGCGUUAUGCGUCCUUUGAAGUCGUCCAGGUUGUCGGUCAUAAGCUCAAAUCUUGUCUGAGGCACAUACUGACAGUCGAAGGGAGAGAUGCAACAAUAUUUCCUUCUAUAGGGUCUCUUUUAAAGUUCAGCACUGAAUUGGCUGGUUUAGGAGGAAAUAUUGGGUUUUUGAAGAAUGAAGCAAAUUUCCAGUAUAACUAUCCACUAUACAAGAAAGACGUUGUUUUCCAACUUGGUUUGAAUGCAGGGCAUUUAUACAAUUUCGGGUCGGAAUUAUCUUUAGCGGAUAAUUUCUUUCUUGGAGGCCCUCAGUCCUUACGAGGAUUUGAAGCUAGAGCAGUCGGGCCUCAAAAAGAUGAUAAUUUUCUUGGAGGGAAGAUGUAUUAUGCUGCUGGUUUACAUCUUUAUACCCCACUUCCAUUCACUCCUAGAGCAUCAAGUUUUGGUGAAAUAUUCAGAACACACUUAUGGCUGAAUGCCGGAAACAUCGGAGAUUUUAAAUUAAAGAAUUUCAGUAGUUUUUUCGAAGAGCAAAAAGCCAUGAUAAGGGUGAGCACUGGUGUUGGAGUCGCUAUUCGGUUAGGCCACAUGGCACGGGUUGAGUUCAACCUGUGUUUCCCAUUGUUGUCCCACAGCACUGAUAAAAUCGUUGAACCAAUUCAGAUAGGUGUUGGAAUGCAGUUCCUGUAAAAUAAAAAAAAUAAAAAACAUUUCACCAACGUUCAAACAGCGAAGACUGCCAAUAGAAUGUUUCUCGCUCGGAGUGCGUAUAAAAAGCCACGAGUCCAAACCUUUCUGUAGUGCACCUUGUAAAUAAAUUAUAAAAUUAAAUACAUUUAAAUUAUAACAUUAUCUCUGGUUUAGAAAAAAAUAAAUGAAUAAAUAAAAUUUUGUUGUGCAGAAUUAAAACGCUCAGAAAAUGCACACCACAAAAAUGGUUAUUUCUUUUUUAAUUUUAUUUGCGGAUAACAAAAAA